ACCCCCCUCUGUGUGACGUCACGUCCCGCUAGACGCACUCGACGCUGUGGGAGAUAAACGUUUUUUCACAGCGGUGGCAAAAACAAACGUACAAGGAUUGGUUUUCUUCAAAGAUACAAAUCAAUUUGAGCUACUAUUUCUUCGAAGGUGAUUGCUGAGAAAUGAAUCCAGACCAGCCCCCCCCAUACCCAGGCCCGUCGGCUCCAGUCUACCCAGCUCAGGGCCAGCACCCUCAAGGCUACCCACCUCAGGGUUAUCCUCCACAGGGGUACCCUGUAAACAUGCAACAGCCUAAUCCAAGUUACCCAAACUACCCCCCUGGACCAAUGGGUUCCGGAGGCCCCUAUGCAGGGCCAGGACAGCCACCUUAUCAAGGAUAUGCUGGACAGCCACAAUAUGGCUGGCAGGGUGGCCCCCCACCUGGAUCUAUGUAUGGGGAACCUCCUAAAAACACAGUGUACAUGGUGGAGGACAGAAGAAGAGACAACUCUUCAGACACGUGCCUGACAGCCUGCUGGACAGCCCUAUGUUGCUGCUGUCUCUGGGACAUGCUGACUUAAUGUUUCUCCGCACCUUCAUUACACUACCCGCUCCACUAUUUCUGUGCCUCAAAACACUAGCAUCCCUUCUCCCCAUCCAUCCAGUUGGCCUUAAAUCUUGUGCCCCCUUUUAACAUUGCUUUCAUUUCUUUCAUCACUGUGCCUAAAAUGUCUGCUUUGUCCCGUACGGCUGCUUUCCCACUUAAUGUCAUUGUGAAGUCCUUAGCACCAACUGCCUGAGUGACUGUCCAUCAUCAGGGGCAACUUUGUAGCAGCUUGUGAGCUUCAUUAUCUACCCUGAGCAUACAUUCAUAGGAAAACCUACUUUUGUCGUUUUUUAUUUAAAUUUUUUCCUUCAAUGUUUUGUGUAAAGAUGACAACAUGUCAGAACAAUCUGUAUAACACAGACCUGCAAAAAAAAACAUGGCAACGUUGUCACACGCAUGCUUGGCUUCGUAGUCAGCGAUGUCACUUUGUAAAGAACGCUGCACACAGUGGCAACAUCAGCUUGGCAUCCUGGUCUUAACCAAAGCCGCAUAAAUGCAUGUACUCUUUGCUGGAGAAGCAUUACAAGCACACAUCACUACAACAGUCCUCUGAUCUACCCGUGAUGUUUUGGUUGUGACAUACAGAAUAAAUAUUGAUGUCUGUGUACGUCCUUUUUAACAGACAACCAUCUCCAGUAUUUACACUGAAACAAAAACUUCCACUUUAAGUUGCCAUUGAUGGCUGUUGAAUUCAAAUAUCCAUGUCAACAUGGAGGACUGGCAGUGAAUGAGCUAUAGGUUUGUGCUUGCAAGCUCUGAAAAAGUCAAAACAUUGUCUUUAACUGAGAGAAUGGUGAAGUGUAAAUUGCUCCCUCAUCACUGUCAUUUUGCAGUCAUCCUACACCACAUAUGAAAGAAUGCUCAGACACUAUAACACAGGCACACAGUAUGUUGCACUCAGGCUUAUCUCAUGUGAGGGUCUUAAGCACUUUAUGAUGAUUACCUCUUGGUAUGUUCCCACUCCAUCUACUCUUCUAGCUUUCUUUCAGCCACAUUUUUGCUUUCGCAGCUAUAUUCCUUCAUCUUGAUAGCUUUUAAUUUCAUACAUUGUCCCACAAACCUGUAACCCCCUUUCUACCAAUGAGCUGACAAUUGGAAUGUUUUUAUUUUGAUUUGCACAUUGUCUUCAAGUGAAAUCAAGUAAUAAACUGUUUUGAGGAUGGCAGUGAUUUAUGUUUCACUACUUUUACCAGAUUAAUAUUAACUGGAGGGCUGUCCUGGCUGAUCUGAGUUCGUUUUCCACUGCAAUCUUUUUUCUUUUUUUAAGCACUCGGGAUUUAACUGAAAAUGAAAAACCAUGCUGUGAUCAAUAAAACUAACGACCCAUUACAUGCCUGUUUGCUUUAAAUGAAAAUCUUGCAUUAAAAUAAUUUAUUCCCAUCAA